UGGGAACAUAUGGUGUAGCAAGUGGGGAGCAUUAAGCGGGAGAUGACCUUUACAUUUCAAGCUGAGGACUUAAAACGUGACUCCAGUAAGAAAAUGUCUCAUCACUUGUUCCCCUUGGCCAUGGAGGAAGACAUGAAAAUGGUAGACACCAAAAAAGCCAAUCGGAUCCUGGACCACGAGAAAGAAAACACUCGUUCCAUCUGUCUCCUUGAACAAAAACGAAAAGUGGUUUCUUCCAACAUUGAUGUGCCUCCAGCAAGAAAGUCUUCAGAGGAACUAGACAUGGACAAGGUGACAGCAGCAAUGGUACUAACCAGCUUGUCAACCAGCCCAUUGGUUCGAAGCCCUCCUGUGCGGCCAAAUGAGGGCCUCAGCGGGUCCUGGAAGGAGGCCGGGUGCGUGCCGUCCAGUACGAGCAGCAGCGGCUACUGGAGCUGGAGCGCUCCGAGCGACCAGUCCAACCCGUCCACGCCGUCGCCGCCGCUGUCCGCCGACAGCUUCAAGCCUUUCCGCAGCCCUGCGCAGCCAGAUGACGGCAUUGAUGAGGCGGAGGCUGGCAACCUGCUCUUCGACGAGCCCAUUCCCAGGAAGAGAAAGGUAUCACUUUCACAAGAUGAAAUGAGCCCAUCUUUAGCACGCAGUUCGAACUCCAUGAAGGUGAUGUUCAAAUGCCUCUGGAAGAACUGUGGCAAGGUGCUGAGCACUGCAGCAGGUAUCCAGAAACACAUCCGGACCAUCCACCUCGGACGUGUUGGGGACUCUGACUACAGCGAUGGGGAAGAGGACUUCUACUACACUGAGAUCAAGCUGCACACAGACUCGGUGGCGGAAGGACUGAGCGGCCUGGCUCCGGUGUCGCCCUCUCAGCCCCUGGCUUCGCCUCCAACUUUCCCCAUCCCCGAAUCAAGCCGGACAGAAACUCCUUCUGCCAAAAGUGAGACUAAGCUCAUGACACCAUUGAGCCGUUCGGCUCCCACCACCCUCUACCUCGUGCACACGGACCAUGCUUACCAGGCUACACCCCCUGUGACCAUUCCAGGGUCAGCCAAGUUCACCCCCAACGGCAGCAGCUUCAGCAUUUCUUGGCAGUCUCCCCCAAUCACUUUCACAGGCGUUCCAGUGUCACCAACACAUCACCAUCCUCCAGCAGGCAGUGGCGAGCAGAGACAACACGCCCACACGGUCCUGUCCUCCCCACCCAGAGGGGCCGUCGGCCUAAGGAAGCCCCGAGGAGAGGGAAAAAAGUGCCGGAAGGUGUACGGGAUGGAGAACCGGGACAUGUGGUGCACCGCCUGCCGCUGGAAGAAGGCCUGCCAGAGGUUCGUGGACUGAGACCCGAGCCCCGCCCGCAGCGCCGCACCGGUGCCUCCCGCCACAAGUGUCGGAAAGGGCUGCUCCUUCCAAAGGACACUUUCUGGAGGCCCAGGGAAAGCACUUCCAGGAACACUGGUGGAAUUACAGCGAAGACAAAACAAAACAAAAAAUAUCACCACGUUCCACUGCUCUUACUGAGAAUCCAGCCUAUAACAGGAUGGUUUUCUUCUCUUUCAAAAGAAAAGUAUACUUUAUUUGCUGUGAGUCUAGGUCUUAAUUCUGUGGACUUCUCUACAGUUGAACCAACCAAGCCCAUUUUUACCUAGAAAGGCGCAUUUUGAUAAGCUUUCUGAAUUAUGAAAUGUCUGAGAUUUUGACGGUUAAAGAACAAACACUUAAGCUACGUGAUAUUCAGUAGCAUUUGUACAGAGAACAAAAGGAGAUAUCCUUUGUGAAUAUCUUUUUCCCUGCAUUUCCUCUGACUUCUUGGAGCAGUACACAUCAUGAUAUGCUGCAGGAAAGAGCAGCACCCUGGGUAUCUUUUCUAUGUCUGUUUUGUUUUGAAGAUCAGCCCCCAAAUUGAACCGUGGUAGAGUUCAAGUUAGCUUGGAGGGCCCCAGAUGGCAUAAGCCGAGACAGCAAUCCGCAGUGGAAUCGCCAGCAGACUUUGGCCCCCAGCUGAGUUGAGGACGUCCUGCUGUUACUGUUGGGAACAUCCAGGAGUCUUCCUUGCAUCCAUACGAAGCUCUUCCCCAAGAGGCAGCACAACGAAUUCUCCACCUGCCGCAGCUCAGACAAGGACUGACACCUGGAGUCCCUUGGGUAAGCCUGCUCCUUUCAGGGAUGCGAUGGCACUACAGCUCAUACCUGUUUGGUUCCACUUGCUUGUCCAGGUUAUGACCAGGUGGAGUCAGUGGUCCAGUCCUGCAGACGCUGCCACCCAGAAAAGAUACAGAACUCCAGACUGGCCCUGAAGGUUUGCUUUAGACAACCGAGCACAGCUGACCUGUCCCCAUCUGUUCAGAAAGUGACUUGACAUCAGGUCAACAAGCCGGCUCCAUGCUGAGUGCACUUUUCUAGGUUUUAUGCUUUAGUGUAUCUGGGAGAUGGGUUUAUGAACAAUAUAAACAUAGAGAAAGGAUCUAAACCUUUAUUUUUCUUGUAAAAUUAUGGGAGCUAUUAAGAAUUUGCUCAGAAGGGAACAUACAGAACACCAAAAGGAAAAUGCAUGUUGGUAUAGGAAUCUCUCGUUUAGCAGGGCCAGGACUUAUGCUGUGUGUUAGUUACCGGGACCACUGACCUGUUGUGCUUGCUCAUGGGUGGGGGUGGGAGCCAGGCACAGCUGUCCAGCCCUUGGCUGUCUGCCCUGUUUGACGUUGCCCUGCGAACGACUGGCCUGUCCUGUACCUAUGCAAAGAAGCAAGAGCACCUUAAAGGAGGCACUGUGUGGGGAUGGGGACCCAGGAUCAGCCAGAGAAUGUCAAUGAAAUUGCACAGGGGAGAGCUUAAUAUAUGUUUAGAGAAUGUACAUAUGCUUUUGAAAAAGAGUAGAAAGAAGUCACCCAGUAAACAGAGAUACCCUUUUCUAAUAUAAAGGAUCUGUAAGGAGGUUCUACAGUGCCGCAUUCAUAAUUUGCAUAUACAUGUAUUUUGGCAAAUUUAUUUUUUAGACACUCAUGACUUUCUAAAAGUUAAUUCCUUGGAAGAGAUUCUGGUCUUUGCCUUCAGUUUUUUUUUUUUUUUAAACACUUCAAGAGAAAAAAGUUUCAUCCAAAUUCCUUUCAAAGAUACUAAUCAAUAUUCGUCACAGCAGGUGUGCUCCGCGUCCUGGUACUGCCAGGAAGCAGUGUUUCUCAAAAUGUAGAAAUGCGUCUGCUUUCUCUGCCCCACGAUGUUGGUUCUGUGUCCUGUCCCUGCCUGCAGCACUGCUGCUGUGACACUAGCUGGGGCAGGCGGCCUAGGUGAUGGCACUGCCCGGGAGCCGUGAGAAGGUCCAGGCCGGUCCGUGCUCGGUCAAGUUCAUCGCGUACUGAACUUAAAUGACAGUAGUCAGGGUGCGCUCCUUCACCAGAGGUUUUUCUUCUCAGUGAGGCUCCCUGGCCUUUGAUCCUUAGAGUAGGUCACAAAAGUGAUGGGGGCUGAAACCAUUUCCCCCUCAGCUCUCUAGGGCACAGGGCAGGAGAGGUCCCUGCUUGGGAGCGAGGCUCUGUGGCGGUCCCCUCCAGACGCAGUCCACACAGCAGUUCUGAGCUCAGGCCUCACUGAGCCACCUCAGCCCUUACACCUGUUUUUCAGCCCCACCCAGGUGUAAGCAGGAACUGCAGCGUCCCCCUCUCCCUGGGAGCUUUUUUUCCCUAAGGACUUUUGCAUACAGAUUCUUCUACAUCUCCUGCCUGCAUGGGUGCUCCGUUUGCUGACCAGCCAGGCCUCUGGGUACUUUCUUUUCUGGCGCCAGUUGUGAACAGACCCUCUGUACCUUCCUGGACCUGCAGACACCCAUUCCCUGUACCAAGACAUGUAAUAACUAAGAGCCCACCAAGCCACUCCUGACUGGCGUUGAAGAAAAGGGAUUAUACUUUUUACAGGCCACACAACAAGCUCUGAACUGCAGUAUACAGUUACUGGUUGUUAACUCUUUUAAGUAGUUUUUUUUUUUUUUUUUUUUUUUUUUUUU